UCUUGCGUGACGAAAGAACACUCAUUUUCUGAACUAUUUAGCAGCUCCGCUUCAUCGACGGCGACCGCCAUGUCUCUCCCCGAAGCACAAGGCGACAAGACCCUCCCCGAUGCCUGGGACUACAAGGGCCGCCCGGCCGAUCGGUCCCGCACCGGCGGCUGGACUAGCGCUGCCAUGAUCUUAGGAGGAGAGGCCUGUGAGAGGCUAACGACGCUUGGGGUAGCCGUGAAUCUGGUGACGUACUUGACCGGGACGAUGCACUUGGGCAAUGCCACCUCCGCCAACAUCGUCACCAACUUCUUCGGCACUUCCUUCAUGCUCUGCCUCCUCGGCGGCUUUGUCGCAGACACCUUCCUCGGCCGGUACCUCACCAUAGCCAUUUUCGCAACAAUUCAAGCAACAGGUGUGACAAUCCUGGCGAUAUCAACCAUAAUCCCGAGCUUGAGGCCCCCGAAGUGCACCCCCAACACCGACCAGCUGUGCGCGCCGGCGACUGCCACGCAGCUGACGGUUCUCUACGCGGCGCUCUACACGCUGGCCCUCGGGACCGGCGGCCUCAAGUCGAGCGUGUCCGGGUUCGGGUCUGACCAGUUCGACGAGUCGGACCCGAAGGAGCGGUCCCAGAUGAUCAACUUCUUCAACUGGUUCUUCUUCUUCAUCAGCAUCGGCUCGCUCGCCGCCGUCACCGUCCUCGUCUACAUACAGGACAACCUGGGGCGGCCGUGGGGCUACGGGAUCUGCGCCUGCGCCAUCGUCAUCGGGCUGGUCGUGUUCGUGUCCGGGACGAGGAGGUACAGGUUCAAGAAGCUCGUGGGGAGCCCGCUGACGCAGAUCGCCUCCGUGUACGUCGCGGCCUGGAGGAAGAGGCGGUCGGACUUGCCGUCGGACCCCUCGCUGCUCUUCAACGUGGAUGAUCUGCCGGGCGAUGGGAAUGCGAUGAAGAAGAAGAAGAAGCAGAAGCUGCCUCACAGCAAGCAGUUCAGAUUCUUGGACAAGGCAGCGAUCAGACCGUCGGAAAUGCCCGACGGCACCGCCGUGGCGAAUAAAUGGUACCUGUCGACACUAACCGAUGUGGAAGAAGUGAAGUUGGUCCUGAGGAUGUUGCCCGUUUGGGCCACCACCAUCAUGUUCUGGACCGUCUACGCCCAGAUGACCACCUUCUCCGUCUCCCAAGCGACCACCAUGGACCGCCACAUCGGCGGGUCGUUCCAGAUCCCUGCCGCCUCCCUGACCGCCUUCUUCGUCGGCAGCAUCCUCCUCACCGUGCCCUUCUACGACCGGGUCAUCGUCCCUUCGGCCCAGCGGCUGCUCAAGAACCCGCACGGGCUGACCCCACUGCAGAGGAUCGGGGUCGGCCUGGCGCUCUCGGUGCUGGCGAUGUUGGCCGCCGCCCUCACCGAGAUCAAGCGGCUGCGGGCCGCACAGACGCACGGCGUGACAGGGGACCCAAACGACGCGAUCCCAAUGAGCGUGUUCUGGCUGGUGCCGCAGUUUUUCUUCGUGGGUUCUGGCGAGGCCUUCACCUACAUCGGGCAGCUGGACUUCUUCCUGAGGGAGUGCCCGAAAGGGAUGAAGACCAUGAGCACGGGGCUGUUCCUGAGCACCCUGUCAUUAGGGUUCUUCGUCAGCUCGCUCCUGGUCACCAUAGUCCACAAGGUGACCGGGCACAAGAAGCCAUGGCUGGCUGAUAAUCUCAACCGAGGGAAGCUGUCCGAUUUCUACUGGCUCCUGGCGAUCCUGAGCGCACUCAACUUCUUGAUUUUCUUGGUCUGCGCCAAAUGGUACGUUUACAAAGACAAGAGGCUGGCCGAGGAAGGGAUUGAGCUUGAAGACGAAGAACCUACUUGCCAUGCAUGAGUGGUUUCCCCACUCCCCCCCUCCUUUUUUUUUUUUGUGGCUUUUUUUCAUUACAGUUUUUGCACUUGUGAUAAAGUCAUUUUCAGUGUAACAUAUAUUUCGCGUAACUCUUACUUGGCAAGAAAAUGAUGGAGAAGGCUCAAGACCUU